AUGAUUCUGGCCUGGAUCCUCGCUUUCGGUGCCUCGUUUGCAAUCUGCUAUGGAACGACCAAAGGACUUGGCCGGAGACAGGAAGACAUACCGACAGGCUGGCAACAGCCACUGAAGAAGUCUUCUUUCGUGUUCUCGGUUCUAUAUCACUGGGCAUCAACUGUACCUGCAUCGGCCUCUUGCACAAACGUUGUCACCAUUUACCUCUCGUCCGCUCCCCUCAACAUUAUCACGGAUCUUGCCAUCUUUUUCCUUCCAAUGCCCAUUCUUACCAGUAUGCGCCUUCCGAAGAAGCAAAAGAUCAUUCUAGUCAUCACCUUUGGUUUUGGUGUUUUUGUUGCGGUAGUCGAUGUUAUUCGCAUCGCCUAUCUACAGAAUGCGCAGCGGGCUACACUGCGCGCUGCGCAUAGUAAUCAAUCCGGCACAGGCAACGAUCAUUUCGAAACCGGCAACGACCAGAGAAAUACGGGCGACUUCGCGUGGUACUCUUCGCUCUCGUUCAUGUGGAGCGCCGUGGAGAUCAAUGUGGGCAUAAUGUGUGGCUGCGUUCCUGCGCUGAAGCCCUUGGCCCGGAGAUUCAUGCCGACCUGGAUCAUUGACCACACAUCGAUGCGCGACCUCUCAGGCACACAUACAAGUGAUGAGCCGGUACUCCACCCCGAUAUCCUCGACUCUCGAAGACGCUCUGAUCCCUUGACGCCUCCGCUGUCACCUUUAGGCAAACCACCGCCUGCACGUAGCAGUGGUGAUGAGCCCAUGGGGAUGCUGGAUUUCCUUACGACUCCAGAAAUGAACGACCUGCCGCAGUUGAGACCGUCCAACACUGCUGUUACAUAUGCGACAACAACGCGUACCCGCGGCCACCAACAGAUGGCGUUUUUUGACUUCGUAAACACUGGACGAACGAAAAAUAUCACCUUGCGAAGUGUGCGCGAGUCAGUCUAUCCUGUACUGAUGGUGACAUUCUUGUUCUUCAUAUGGGGAUUUGCCUAUGGAUUCCUGGACGUCCUCAAUUCUCGCUUUCAGGAAGUGGCUCGCAUGUCGGAUUGGCAAACUGUAGGACAGCACAGUGCCUACUAUGUUGGCUAUAUCGUUGGUCCACUGACGUUUGGGCGGCUGGUCUUCAAGGCGUGGGGCUUCAAAGCAUGUUACAUGGUCGGCCUGUCGGUAUACGCCUGUGGUACGCUUGUCUUCUGGCCUUCUGCUGUCCUCGACUCCUUCCCCGCAUUUCUGGUGUCGAACCUCAUUGUGGGCGCUGGUCUUUCGACAUUAGAAUUAGCCGCCAACCCGUUCAUCGCACUCUGUGGCCCCCCAGAGUACGCUGAAGCACGUUUGAGCCUAUCGCAAGCUGUCCAAGCCAUCGGCACCGUCGUCUCUCCAUUGUUGGCAAAGAAGGUUCUCUUCACUGCCAACGCAGAGAGUCUCAUUGAUGUACAAUGGACAUACCUCGGCAUAGCAUUCUUCAACAUCAUACUGGCCAUCAUCUAUUUUUACAUACCUCUGCCAGAAGCCACUGACGAGGAACUUGAGAUCGCAAGCGCACGUAUGCCUAUUCCGCGAGACGCCACAAUCAACAUCGGCCGAAGGCCUGUCAAGGUUCUUUGGAUAGGGCUUGGGCUAGCUGUAUUCUCACAAUUCUGUUAUGUUGGAGGCCAGGAAUCUACGUCCACGUCAUUUUCGGAGUAUCUCCAUCGUGUUAAGCCAUCUCUCAACACCGAUUCACAUCAAGCUAUCGGUCAUACUGCAUUCGCCGCAUCGCGUUUCCUGGCGGCUGCUAUCGACAUAUGGGUCAAACCUCGCUACAGUUUGUUGUUCUUCUACCUUGGAGCCGUUACCUUCGCUGCUGCUACCAUGAACACGACGGGGUCAGCCGGCGCUGCCAUGAUAAUCCUCCUCAUGUUCUGUGAGGGACCUCUAUUCCCACAAAUUUUUGCUCAAGGCAUUCGUGGCAUGGGAAGGCACACCAAAGACGCCUCAGUACUGCUCACUUCAGCUAUCGGAGGUGGGGCUGCCAUCCCUCCUGUCAUGUUUGCAGCAUUGAAGACCCACAAUCCACAAUACGCGUUCUGCGUCAUCAUUGCCGCUUAUGCCGCCCGGCAUGCUGUACCCUAUCUGGCUGAAUUCUAUACCCGCGGUCAAGAUACUCUCCGAUCCCGCUCGCGACGAACACACUCGGAGGGAGUCGGAAGCUGA